AUGCCCCACGCUGGUGGUAGGAGAGCUGGUGACCCUCAGCAUCAAUCUUAUAUUUCCGAAGACGAGUACCUUUGUUCCCUGAAAGUGUAUGGGUAUUCGAUCAUCGUUGUCACGUGGCUUGUAUUCACGGUCUCCAUUGGAACAAUAUUUAACCUCUGGGAGUGGUGUCUCGAUGUUGGGUCCGUGAAAGAAUGGUUACUGAAAAACAGGUGGAUUUCUCUGGUCUACAGAGAGGUGUCUUUACAAGAAAAACCGGUGGAGAACUACUACAUUUUUGUAUUUUUCCUGAAUUUUGUCAUACUGUGGAUAUGGGCCGUCUCCUCGUGGAUAAGUAUGAAGCUUUUCAGGCAUAGUAAAGGUGGAGGUUCUUGA